AUGUGUCAAUUCAAUCAACUGUUAUCAGAAGAUUUGGAAAAAAACACUUUAAUGAAAUUCAUCAACAUUAUGUAUUUUGUUACCGUUGCAGGGUUUACUUUUGUCAGUUUCAUUUGGACCAAAAUACAUGGAAACUCAACAGUGAAAUUAAGGAAAGAUCUUUGUCUUAUUGAUAUCAAUAUCAAAAAUUUAAACAUCCACUUGGAUUAUAACUAUGUCAGAACCUCUAUAGUCAGAUUUUUGGUUCUUGGUUUGCUCAGUAUCAACAUUUAUUUUCUGUAUUUGUUACUAAGUCAAAGUUUUGCUCACAAAUACAAAGCCAUGUUUGCUUACGGAUUGCUGUAUUUCGGAAUGUUACAUCACAUGUCUGUGAUUUGUUCAUAUUUAACACUAAUUCGAACUGUAAGUCACAUUCAUGAAAAAAUGAUAGAAAAGACUAAAACAUCACUUGAGCAUUCAAAAAGUAACAGGAAAUUUAUUUUGAAGCGAUUAAUGUGUAUUUAUCACGACUUGUAUGGGAUUUUGAAAUUAGUGAAUUCUAUAUUUUCAGCACAAAUUCUCUUCUCUUUCGCUUUAAGUUUUUUAUUGUUGACAAUUCAGUGUUAUAACAUUGUGUCAAGUAUUUAUAAUCACAGCCCGUAUUUGAAGUAUUCAGUGGCUGCGAUUAUUUAUGUCAGUGUUGGAAUUUUGGAGAAAUUUGUAAUUGCAUUGGUUUGUCACAAAUGUAUGUUUAGGAAUGUUGUUUUUAAACAAACCCUAAGGAGGUAUUUGGCACUAUAUUCGAGUGAUAAGUCUGUAACCAAAGAAAUAAACGCCUUUGGUCUUCAAUUGUUACACGAACCGUUUGAAAUUCACGCUGGCAACAUGUUUUUAAUUGAUUUACCAAUUUUUACAUCGAUUUGUGGCACUGCAUCAACUUACAUCAUUCUCCUAUGGCAAACCGACUCCAAAGUUGACAUAAAUUACUCAAUGAAGAAAGUUUUUGGUGUAUUUUAAUUAAUAAAAUAACACGAUGUAUUAUAAUUCAUUUAUUAUGA